AUGGCUCCUCAAAAUAUGUUGACCACAUUCCUCCUUGCCCUCGCUGCCGGCGCCUCUGCCGGCAGAGUCCAACACAGACAGGCGGACUGCUCUCGGACAGCAACACUAGACACUCUUACCGUUACCAGUGUUGAGCCGAUUUCGAUAUAUAUCCUUCCGCAACAGAUGGCCGCCGCCGCCCCCACAGGGACGAAUGAUGACAGUUUCACCGCGGUUUACACAACAGUCUUCCCAACCUUCUGCCCAGAAUGCGCCCAGGGCCUGAGGCCGGAGACUUACACCAUCACGCAGACCUGCUCCGGCUCCAUCACCCAAUGCCACGGAUACGGCGAUGAGCUCCCGCCUGGUUUCACCACCACACAGGCCGUCUGCACCGACUGCCCGACACCCAUCACUGCGGUCCUUACCGUCCCUCAAGUGACUGAUGUUGUGGUCACCGUCACCCUCGAGCAGGUCGUCACCGAGCCCGGCCUGACUACCACUCGCUAUGUCACCAGGACAUCCACUUGCAACAACGGGCCUUGUCUGCCGGACAUCACGGCAGCGGCUCUUCCUGACGAUGUUCUCACCGUCAACGGAGGCACCAUUGUUCUCCCUGUCACGGUCACCCAGACUCGGGUCGACAAGGUGACUGCCACCGAGAAGCAGACUGAGACUGCCACGGCUACUGUUACCAACACGGCCGACAUCAACGAGUUCGCUCCGGGCAACUUCAACAGUGGCGCCGGACACAUGAUCUCUUCCAACAAACCUUUGGCCUUCGCCUUCAGCGCUCUUGCGCUCAUUUUCCUUGUCUCAGCAUAG